UGUGUAAGGCCCCUAACAGGUUCCAGUUCCACAGGAAAUGUCUGCUGUGCCAACUGUGGAGCCCUUGGUUCUGGCUCAUGUCAUACAGGAUGUGUUAGAUUUAUUCACACCAACUAUGCCUCUCAGAAUAACAUACAACGACAGGCUACUUCUGGCAGGUGCUGAGCUGAAACCAUCUGCAACUGUGCAUAAACCAAGGGUAGAUGUUGGUGGCUCUGACCUUAGGGUGUUCUACACGCUGGUACUGGUGGAUCCUGAUGCUCCAAGCCCAAGCAACCCAUCACUAAGGGAGUAUUUGCACUGGAUGGUAAUAGAUAUCCCAGGAACAGCUGGAGCCAGCUUUGGUCAAGAGCUCAUGCUUUACGAAAGACCAGAACCAAGGUCUGGCAUCCACCGCAUGGUAUUUGUGCUGUUCCGGCAACUUGGCAGGGGAAUAGUUUCUGCACCAGACAUGCGACACAACUUCAAUUGCAGAAGCUUUGCACAGCAAUACCACCUGGACAUUGUGGCUGCUACAUAUUUCAACUGUCAAAGGGAAGCUGGCUCUGGUGGAAGAAGGUUCAGGCCCGAGAGGUCUUAAUGGAGAAGUGAAGACUAAAGACCAGUGUAUGGUCUUUAUAAAGUGGAAUUUCGAAAUAACAUGCACUGUAGUAUUGAGUGCACCAUAAAAUAUGUUUAUGCAGCACGAUAUAGCUCUAACUGUCACUACAAGUACCCCGAGGAUAUCAAGAAUACUUAUAUAAUGUCAAACAGAAAUGUGCCUUUUAUGAUGAGAUGGAAACUUUUCAUUAUAAAGCGAACUGUGCUUCCAGUGCCAAUGGAGGCUGCAGCUCCUCUUUCAUGAGAGCUAUUUAUGAUUAUAAGGAAUGGACCUCAUAUACCAAUUACUAGAGGAAAAUUAGCCUAUUUAUUUUGAUAGAAAAAACACUAGAUGGCACAGCAAAGAUCAUUGUUCACAACAAGACAAAUAGUUCUCUUCUCUUUAGUGCCAGCAGAACUUCUGUAAUCAAUAAUACUUACUAGUUAAAUA